AUGGGGAAGAAGAAAGGUAGCAAAGCUGAUUCUUCAGAUGAUUUCCUACAAACCCUCGAAGACUUCACAAGCAAAGAGAAUUGGGACAAAUUCUUCACUCUCAGAGGCAACGACGACUCAUUCGAGUGGUACGCUGAGUGGCCUCAGCUCCGUGACUCGCUAUUACCUCUCCUCCAAGACUAUUCUUCUUCUUCUCCUUCGUCCUCUUCUCCUCCUGGGUCGUUUCAGAUUCUAGUUCCGGGAUGCGGAAACUCCCGCCUUUCCGAGCAUUUGUACGAUGCCGGAUUCCGUGACAUCACCAAUGUCGACUUCUCCAAGGUUGUUAUCUCCGAUAUGCUUCGCCGGAACAUUCGUACUCGGCCCGAGCUGCGUUGGCGAGUUAUGGACAUCACAAAGAUGCAGUUGGCCGAUGAAUCUUUCGAUAUGGUUCUCGAUAAAGGCGCUCUUGACGCUUUGAUGGAGCCUGAAGUCGGUACGAAGCUGGGAAAUCAAUACUUAUCAGAGGCUAAACGUGUUCUGAAACCUGGAGGGAAAUUUGUCUGUCUAACUCUGGCGGAGUCUCAUGUCUUAGCAUUGCUUUUUUCAAGAUUUCGUUUUGGUUGGAAGAUGACUGUUCAAUCAAUCUCUCAAAAACGCUCGAAUCUCAAGACAUAUAUGGUGGUGGCUGAAAAAGAAAAGUCCAUAGUAUUGCAUGAGAUAAGCUCUUCUUUCGAUCUUUUAUCUAUCGGAGGCAAUGAUAAACAGGCUUCUGGUAUGUGUGAAGCCCUCGAGAGUGAGAACAAGAUACGUAGAGACUGCAAUAACGGGACAGACUUAUUGUAUACUCACGAAGAGUUGAAACUUGGUAUUAAAGGAGACUUAGCAGAGCUUAGUGGAGGUCGCCGUAUAAAAUUUACUUUGGGUUGCCAAGGAAGCAAUUUCAGUUAUAGGGCCGUGCUUCUUGAUGCCCAGAAACAGACGGAGCCGUUCGUGUAUUAUUGCGGUGUUUUUCUUGUUCCCAAGACUCGUGCUCAUGAGUGGCUCUUCUGUUCAGAGGAAGGACAGUGGCAGGUUGUCGAGAGUUCUCAGGCUGCUCGUCUCAUAAUGGUUUUUCUCGACAAUAGUCAUAGUGGCGCCAGCAUGGAGGAUAUUCAGAAUGAUUUAUCUCCCAUGGUGGCACAACUAGCUCCUAAAAACGAUGAUGAAGAAGCUCGCAUUCCGUAUAUGAUGGCAAGUGAUGGGAUCAAAAAGCGUGAAACUGUCCACGAGGUGACGUCGUCCUUGACUGGGGAAGUAGUCGUUGAAGAUGUGGUUUAUGAAAGCACUCCUAGUAAUCCUGAAGGCUUAUCUCCUUCUGACGAUUUGGCAUUUCGACGCCUUGUAUUCAAAAGAACCGAGGGUUUGAUACAGUCUGAAGCUUUGCUUGUGGAGGAUGAUGAUAUUCAAUCUCAGAAAGAGAACACAAAAAAUGUGUCACGAAAGGGAAAUAAAAAACGGAACCAAGAAUCGAGCGGACCAAUUAUGAAGGUCUCUCAUGAUUAUUUGGCUAGCUCUUACCACACUGGAAUUAUAUCUGGAUUCACAUUGGUAGCUCCAUACCUGAAGGAGGCUGAAUCGCGUGGAAAGAUGGUCAAGACUGUUAUAAUUGGUCUUGGAGCAGGAUUACUUCCCAUGUUCCUCCAUGGAUGCUUACCAUUUUUCAAUAUUGAGGCAGUGGAGCUUGACCCGGUAAUGCUUACUGUUGGCAAGGAUUACUUUUGCUUUACACAAAAUGAUCGCUUGAAGGUGCAUAUUGCUGAUGGGAUCAAAUUCAUCAGAGAUAUAACGAACUCUGAAUCUUCGUCUGAGAAACCUUCAAACGUCGUGUCCACACCACAGUCGACUAGUGGAAACUGUCCUGACAUUUUGAUUAUUGAUGUUGAUUCAGCAGAUUCAAGCGGAGGAUUGACAUGUCCUGCAUCUGAGUUUAUCGAAGAGGCAUUUCUUCUUUCGGUUAAGCGCGCUCUCCCUCAGCAUGGUCUUUUCGUAGUGAACUUGGUCUCCAGGUCACAAUCCAUUAAAGAUAUGGUAGUAUCAAGAAUGAAGAAGGUUUUCGAUCACUUGUUUAGCCUGCAACUAGAAGAGGAAGAUGAUGUAAACGUGGUGCUCUUUGGGCUUUGCUCUGAAUCUGUAGUGAACGAGAGCGAUAUUCCAGAAUCUGCAGCUAUACUCGAGGGAUUGCUCAAGUGUCAGAGACUGGAAACGAAACAAAGCAUCAUAGAGACUACAAAGAAGUUGAAAUGCUGGAAAUGA